UUUUCAUUACGUGGCCCCCGGCCAAUAAAUAACAAUCCCCAUGGCCCUGUUUAGUGACUCGCAUCUUUUGAGAUUCAAUUAUUACUAGUUAUGAAUAGUGUAAUGGUGUUAAUAGCAAUAGGACAAGAACACUUUAGGGGAAAAUUCCAAUUUAUUGAUAUGUGAAAGAUAAGUAUAUGUAGGUACUGAAGGAUCUCAUAGGGCAACGGCAGAAAGACCCAGAUAACUUGGCCUUGCAAAAAGAGAUCCUUGAUGUUUGUGUCAGCUGGUAGCUAUCAAUGAAAGCCAGAAAUUGGUAGUAGCAAAGCUCAGAGAAGAAAGGGAAAAUGAGGAUUACAGAAAAACGCAGCGAAGAGAAAGCCAGAAGGAAGACAUUGAUCUGUUGUGUGAUGAGCAGAUGUUACAUGACAACCAUGACAAGGCUGGCUCUGAACCCCCUCAUGUCACACACAAAGGCAAGAGCCCAGUCAGGGAGGCAGAAACUCAUGCUACAGCAACACCCUGCUCAGACUAUGCUAAGGACUUGCAAGAUGUCAAUUCUGAUGACUGUUUUGAGGAACCUGCUACAGAGGUAACUCCAGCGAACCAAAGUGAGCCUAACAGCCCAACAGGAUGGUGUUCACCGGAGAAGAGACUUCACAACUUUCAGCCUCCAACGGCAGACUACUCCAUGGAAGACAUCCAUGACUUAGUCACUGAGGAUGAGUUUAUGCAUGCUCUGGGUCUUCUCACUGUGCGGGAAUGUAGAGAGGUUAUGGACAAACGCUAUGAGAGGAGGAAAAGAAAUGCUUACUCUCAUAUAUUCUCAAAUACAAUAUGGGAGAAGCCAGAAACUCGCCGGAAACGUCGUGCCUGGCUAAUGUCUGGUGCAGGGUCACCACCUACCCUGAGACGCAAGGUUCGUCCCCCUUCCCAACCCCCGUCACAACCUCAGUCACGUCCUUGCUCGCCUGCACAAUCAUCCUGCUCACCCCCGACCACCUGCCCCCCUUCGCAGGCGGCCUCCCCCCAGUCUGUAGAGGAGGAAUUUCCCGUGGCAUCACAGCCCUCAGAGGAAGUUUGUCCAAUGUGCAAGAUGAAGGGGGCAGAUGUGCAGUGUGAUGGAUGUGGUGUGAUAUACCAUGGUCCUUGUGUAGAUCUGGGAGAUGCUGAACCCCCCCCUUGUUGGCUCUGCCUAACGUGUGAGCAGCUGGGGCUCCGGGCUUCAACCAACAGCGACCCACAGUACCAUAGCAGGCGUAGAGAGGCACUGGAGAUCCGCGAACGUCUUCUGCGUCAGCGUGCCGAACUCACAAUCUCUAAACUGCAGUUGGAAGAGAGGAAAAGGCACUUAGCACUGGCUCUGCAAGCCCAGUGCUCAGAGCGAGAAAAGUUGCAGCACAAGGAGGAGGAGGUACGGGAAGCCAUCCAUCAGUUGCAAAAUUUUAUCUACACAUUCCAGCAACCUGAACCACCGCAUGUAGCCACUUCAAGCCAAGCAAGUUCUCCAGCAGCAACAUCUCCAGUUGCAACUUCUCAUCAGUCUCUGAGAACUGGUGUCACUGCAUCACCACCACCCAAUGCUGGACAGAAGACAGAUCAUGUGACCAAUGUAAGGUCUCCAUCACCCAGUUCCUAUCCACUUGACUGCAGUCAAGCUGCUUCAUCUUCACCCAACUCACCUACCAACACCCUCAAAUGGUCAGAAACAUCAUCAACACCUUCCCCUUCGCCCAGUGAUAUUACUCCUCAACUUUUCUUGCCAGGACUUACUAUAACCAGGACUUCUUCCCCUGGCCAGUCCUCUCAGGCAUCAUCUUUAAAUCACAGCUCUUCCAAAAGCAUUGUACCUAGUUUGACUAUAUCCCGUACAUCACCUCCAAGCCCGAAAUCCAACUUCCUCUCUAGCGUAACUAUAUCUCAGUCACAAAGGAGUCAGGUAAAUCCUCAGCCGUAUGUAUCGGUUCAUACCACCUAUGCUUCAUCACCCACUCAGCCUUCUUCAAAUACAUCAUCUCCAGGUCAUCAGUCAUCUGCAUCUUUCUACCCAGGAAUUAUUGUUUCACCAUCAUGCUCGCCAAAGCCAAGUAUUUCCAUUUCCCCUAUAUAUAACACUGGGGGCAGGAGUAGGACAAAACACAUACCACAUACACAGAGGGCAUUAGCGACAGUACAUGGUAAAAAACAGCGGUCUGAAGCCAGACUGCGAGCUGCUCUCACUCACCAGAAUGAAGCAGAUAUACACUCUCAACCAACUGACUUGUCGUCACCAUCUCACUCGAGAAAAAAUGGUAUCCCAGGAAUUAGAAGAGGAGAAAAUGAUGCAAUGGCAGCCUCUUUGUGAUAAACGUUAUUUUUAUUCAUUGAUGUCUUUCACAUAUCUUCCAAUAAUACAGUGUAUUAAUUAAAUGUGUGAAAUUACUGUGAUUCUCAGUUGAUCUUCAUAUGACCAAUUAUAGAAAUAUUUAUAUCCCAUUGAAUGGGUUUUGUAAUUCCCAAUCAAAUCAUGUGCAAUAUGUUGUGCUUUAUAUAUAUUUGAAUAUAUGAUCCGUCAAAUGAUAUCAGGUAUUUUAAAAUGCAUUUUAAAUUAAUGUGUUCAACUCAUUUGAUAUUGAAACUGAUGCCACUUAACUACUUUGAACGAAGUUAAAGUAAAUACUGAGUGCAAGGAGGUAUUUGAAGGAUAAUGAAAAGAUGCACAAGGAUAUUGUUGUAAAUUUUCUUUUUUAUCAGUAUCGCUGUACUACAAACAAUGAGCUGCUGCCCAGACUUUCAGAGGUUUAACAAUAGGCUAUUAAUAAAACACAAUCUCUUUGUAUGAGUUUGCACUUAAUUUUUUCAUGAUUUUUCUUUAAUGCUGAAAUAUUGCAUUUAAGCUUCAGAUUUUGCAGUUUUUAGCAAAAAAUGCUUAAGUACAGUACAGUACAGGAAUAUGUAUGUGUGUCAUACAUUAGCUUCCAUCCAUAGUCUCAAAAAGAUCAUAAGAGUGAUUCUGUAAAAUGAAAAUGUUAUGUAAUGAAAUUUACUUUAUUAUAGGUGAAGUGUGAAAUAAGAUACAGUAAAGCACUAGGAUACGGUAAUUAAAGGUACCUGCAUACAGCAAACUAAAGGUUCUUGAUAUACAUUUUACUUGAUAAGCUUUAGCAUUAUGUAUGACCUCAUUUAUGAGUUUCACUUUGAAGAAAUCUUUAUGGGUAUAAUUUUUCCUUUGCAGAACUCCUUUAUUUCCUGCAUAUUAUGCUACAGAAACUCGGAUAUAAUUUUCUAUACUCCUCUAACUGAAUAUAUAUUUAGAAGUAUUCAUGUCUACAUUCAAAGUUAAAUAUCUGACAUUUUAUGUGCACAUAAUUUUUCUGUAUUUGUAAUUAGAAAAUGUCAUUAUAAAGAGUUUAUAGAAAGAAAAUAACAUUAGAUUGAAUACAUUUUUAUAGAUGUUUCUAGAGAUUACUUGCUAUUAAUCAGCUGAAAUACAUACUACUUCUACUAUAUAAUUGUUACUUUUUUGGUAUGUUUGUACCCAUGUACAAAAACUUGAAGGACUAAACCAUUAUGAUGUAACUAAUGAGUUCAGUUUUGGUUUAUUUAAGGAAUCCUCAAAGUUUUUAAACUUUUGCCGUCCAUUAGCGACAAAUAAAAGAAAAUGAGAACUCAUUUAUGAUUAUUAUUGCAGUACCAUUCACUGAAUCUUUGUUUGACAGGGCAUAAACAUGUUACGUACUAAGAAGACUGAAUAUAUUUUUUGUAAGUGUGUUAAGUGUAUGAAUGUGGAUAGGAUGAGUGGAUUUAUUCUUUUAGAAUAAGAUUGGGAGAGAAAGAAGUGGUGCCCGCAUGUUUAAGUGUGGAUAUGUUGGUGCUGGUAUACGUGUGGGUAUGUGUAAUAUGUGCAUGUACAGUUGCUCCCAAAAGUAUCUUUAAAAUAAGUGUUGUAGAGUCUGGAACAAAAAAAUAGAAGAUAUUUGAUCAUUAGCCUGCCAUUUGCCACCACUUCAUACGUGUCAGAUAAUAUCAUUGUGUUUCAGAUUGUACUGCACAUUGUUCUAAAUAUACUUUAAGGCUAUUUAUAUGUACAAUAUAUACUUGUUUACAGGUCAUGGCAUUAGAAAAAAAAGAAUGUUGGUCUUGUGUUAAUAGGUCAUUUUUUUAAACAAACCGACAUAAUCUAAUUUAUUUUGAUCAAGAAAAUGGAUAAAGUUGAGUGCCAGGUAUUUUGUUCCUCAAUAUUAGUAAAUUAUUAACAUGAAUUUCAAUGCCAAAAAGUAGAAUUUCAUGUGUUAAUGUGUGUAUAUGUCUGUUUGUCUGUCUGUCUGUCUGUCUUAAUGUGCUCAUACAGUAUAUUGUAUGCUGACCUAAACAAAUAAUUAUGUGUGAUACAGAAUGAAGUACUUGUAAAAAGUUUAUUGAUUUGAAAUAUUUAAUACAACAUUCAGUUAUUACUGACUUUGUAUAUGAAUUGUAUACUCAAAAUGAUGCCAGUUAUCAACACAUAUUUACUGUGGACUUCAGUGACCAUACCAUGAUUUGUGUGAGAAGUAAUUUUUGAUAAAUCUUCAUUAGGAAAACAAUAUUUAUUUCCAGUCUGUAUUUCAGACUAUAUACCAUGAAUGAUCUAGACCUACGGAAAUUCACAGCUCUAUAUGUGUUUUGGUAAUAUACUGGCAUCCAUUACAUGUUACAAAGAUUUUUAUUUUAUAUCAGGCACUGUGUAUAAUCAAAUUUGAACAUCAUAUUUGUGGCCCUUCCAAGUUAUGCAGUCCUAUAAUUGAAAUAGAAAAGAGUGGUAAUUAAUGUAUCCCUCUGUUAUAUCCUCAUUUCCUCGGAUUUGUGGUGAACCUGUAUAUUCGUCAAGAACUGUCGGUGGAAAAAUGAAUGUGUAUAUUUGUUACCAAGUCAGCUGUCAUAACAAAGUUUUAUACCUUCUCAAGCCAACAAUAUUAUGUUUUUUGCUCAAGCAGCUUUGGUGAGAAUCAUGUCUUUGUAAUAUAUAUAUAUAUACAUAAAGACUUUUUCAUUUUUUGUAAUGUGAAAUAUCUGUUGAUGUUUGUAAUAGUUGAAAGAUAAAAAAUGUUACCUGAA